AUGCCGAACCCUAUCCGUGAAGACCUCACCACGGUGGACGAUACCUCUUUCCCCUACGUCUUCGAGCAAAAUGUCACAAUUCCCCUGAAAGAUCAAUCUGGUCUUGUGCGCUGCAAUGUUUAUCGCCCCAAAGAAUUGGAGAAGGCGCCUGUGCUCGUGACCUACGGCCCCUACGGAAAGGAUAUUCCCUAUGCAGACUUCCACCCCCAGUCGUUCAGUGAAGUCAAUCCCGAACAUCGCUCGGAGCACUCAGCAUGGGAGACACCGGAUCCCCUUUUCUGGACCAAGCAUGGAUACGCGGUGGUUCGAGCGGACGAGCGCGGAACCGGCCAGUCGCGUGGCAAGCUGGACACCAUGUCUCGCGAGACCAGCGAGGCAUUCUUCGAUGUGGUGGAGUGGGCGGCCGAGCAACCCUGGUCUACGGGAAAAGUCGGCUUGCUGGGUAUUAGCUACUAUGCUGGAAGUCAAUGGCGCGUCAGCGCCCGCCAGCCCAAGGGCUUGAGUUGCAUUGUUCCCUGGGAGGGUAUGUCCGACUACUACCGCGACCGUUGUCGCCACGGCGGAAUCCUUUCCAACAAGUUCAUCAAGUUCUGGUGGGAUCGCCAGGUUGUAUCGAAUCAAUACGGACGCCCCGGUCGAGCAGCACGCAAUUGGGGCCCCGAUACCAUCGAAGGUGAUCUCCCCGAGGAGGAGCUGGAGGCCAACCGUCAAGACCAGACGAUCGACAAUGUCAACAACCAUUUCCGGGAUGAUGUAUACUAUGCUAGCAAGGAGUAUACCAUGACCGAUAUUCAGGUGCCUCUUCUCUCGGUCGCCAAUUGGGGUGGUAUCCUCCUGCACCUUCGCGGCAACGUCGAGGGGUACACUCAAGCCGGCAGCGAACUCAAGUACCUGCGCUUCAUCACGGGCCGUCACGACCUGCCUUUCUACUACAAGGAGGAAGUGGAGGUGCAGCGGAGUUUUCUGGAUGCUUUUCUGAAGGGCGAAGAUCGCGCGGGUUGGGCGGACGGCACUGCUCCCAAGGUUGACAUGGUCCUCCGCAAGGGCGAUGUUGGUUUCAACAACGCCGAAGCCGAGAAGCAGUACCCACGCCGACAGGAGACUGAGUGGCCUAUCGCCCGCACCCAGUAUACCCGUUACUACCUAACUUCGAAGCAGGAGCUGGUGACGGAAGCCCCCAAGGAGCGACCGGCCAAGAUCACGUACCGUGCUCUGGGCAACCUCGACGAGCCACAGCUAGUGCAGUUCACGACGGCACCAUUCGAGCAGGAAACGGAAAUCACCGGCCACAUCGUGGCCCACCUGAACGUAUCGAUGAGCCCGGAGCCCGGGCGUCCGACGCCCAGAGAUAUCGACCUGUUCCUGACACUGCGUCAUAUCUCCCCGGAGGGCAAGGAGGUCUUCUACACCGGCACAGCAGGGGAUCCGGUCCCUCUCUGCAAAGGCUGGCAGCGAGUCAGUCUGCGCAAGGUCAACGCGGAGCACCCGCGCAACCGGCCCUGGCUGCCCCACCGCGACUAUUAUUCCACCGAUGUGCUGCCGGUGGUCCCGGGCGAGGUGUACGCGGUGGAUGUGGAGGUGUGGCCGACCAACGUGGUGGUGGAGAAGGGAGGGAAGAUUGUUUUUGAGGUGUCUUCGGGAGAUACUCAGGGGUCUGGCCUGUUCCAGCAUAAUUCCCCUGUCGACCGGUCGGAGGAGAAGUUCCAGGGAUUCAACCACAUCAACUUCGGGCAUGGGGACAACUACGUGACUUUGCCGAUUAUUCCUCCGAGAGAGUAGAUUGCCAGUUUAGAAACACAUAGACUUGAGGUGGGGUUGCACGUCAACCUGCCAAACAAUUGAAUUGAUUGCUCACA